CUUCAUAAAUUCAAGUGGCAAGACUCACAACCACUCCCAACUCUCCCUCUUUCUCUCCAUUUUACUUCUGAUAACUUUGGAAGAUUGAUGGGCCUUCCCCAAACACCAACUUCUCAUCCCUACCCUCCAUCACUCCAACUCAAACUCUACCAAGCUUUCAUAUUCUCAGUCCCCAUUCUCUUCACUAUAAUACUUUUCCUCUUGUUUUAUCUCUUUUACCUGAAGAAGCGCUCUUCUACUCUCUCUUCUCCUUCUCUUAUCAAUACAACCAUCUACAAUGACACUUCUACAGUCAUUUCAUUGCCUUUUGAUGUGGUCUUGAAGAAUGAACUCAAGGAAAAGCUUCCAAUAGUAAUCUUUGAUGAGGAUUUAAGGGCCAGAGAUCCUCAAUGUUGCGUUUGCCUGGGAGAUUUCGAAAUCAAGGAGCAGUUGCACCAAAUCCCCUCAUGCAAGCACAUGUUCCACUUCGAUUGUAUCCAUCACUGGCUUGUGUCCAAUGCCACUUGCCCACUCUGCCGGGCCUUGAUUCAUCCUCCGAAAAUGGGUCCGCCUAUGCAAAUGGACAUUUCUCAGCCACCAAAUGCUGAAUCCAGCAACUCACUACAAGGCUUACAGGGCCAUGAACAAGUUGUAGUGGUGGUGGACAGAAUAAGUGAUAAUCUCACUAAUUCUUCGAGCGAAGAGCAAUCGAACCCAAUUGAAGGAUCAAGCAGUGUUGGGCCACAUUCAAUGGAGUCCGGCAAUUCACACUGUCUGUCGAUUACCAUGGCCCCUCGAAUGGAUUAGUCUCAAGGAAACUCAUUCCUGGUCCUAAUAUAUCAAUGCAUAUUGUCAUGUAUACAUGCAUACAUACAUAUGAUCAAUCUUUCAAGAUAAAAACAAUGAAAGGAUGGUAAUUUUCUGGUCUUAGAAUAGGUUGAGCUCUUACUUAAUCAGCGGCAAUUAGUAUGAUAAUUGGAUGUAAUGCUCUACUGUACUACGUUUACAUUGAUUUGUAAAUUUCUUGCUUGAUUAACCACA